AUGGCAAAGAAUGGGAUUUUAAAGAUAGGUAUCCAAGGCUUAUACCAGGGACAUAUCUUGAAGCUAAGUGGAAACCUUGGCCAGGACGCAGCAGUGGCGACCGUGGGGACCAGAGAAGCCAACGUCGCUCUGGAGGCCCGGUCCAGAGGGCAGGAAAUAGAAGCAGUUGUUUAG